AUAUAAAACUGACGCAAACAACUCACAGAAAUUUCGUUUGUAUAUUGAACCUUCCUCCAGAAGCAUUCAGCGUGUGCACUGCGCGCUUCCCACGUCAUCACCCCUCUCCGUUACAGCGGUGAGUCUCAAUUUCACAACUGUGACAUUCUUAUAGAAGAAAAUGCAAAUAAACCUACAGACAACAUGAAGUAGAAAUGUGCUUUUAUUGUGCUUUGACAUGAACUGGCUAUUCUUUAUUUAAAGAGAAGCUGCAUUUGAAGAGAAACUUGAGCGCGCACCAGCAGUAUCAUCAUAAAUAUUAAUGUAACUUUUCCGGCUUUAGAAUCGGUCAAAUGUAAAGAGAAAGGACGAUAAGAGGCUGUCCGGUUACCGGACUCCCCUCCUUUGAGGUGUGGUCUAUUUCCAGAAGCGCUCAAAACAAGGCGGCGAGCGAUGCCGAGCGCGAAGAUAUAAUUCAGCCGAGCAGCGCGUUAUCGGCCUGGUCUACCGGGCAUGAGCAGUUUAGCGGAGCGCGCUCUGCCAGAGAUCAACAUCCACCUGCAGUGAGUGGGUCCCUGUGUUAAACCACGGCUGACAAUGGGUGCUGUGAAAGGUGAGGGUGCUUUAGAUGGUGGAUGGGGGUGGAUGAUCGUUUGGGUCUCUUUCAUGGCCCAGUUGUUGUCUUUUGGAUCCCCUCAGUCGGUUGGGGUGCUGUACCCUGAGUGGCUCAUUGCCUUUCAGGAAGGGAAAGGCAUGACAGCUUGGGUCGGAUCCAUGGUGUCUGGGGUGGCACUCAUCACCAGUCCAGUGUGCAGUGCCUGUGUGGAUAAUUUUGGUGCCCGUCCAGUAACAGUCUUCAGUGGUGUAAUGGUGGCCGGGGGUCUGAUGCUGAGCGCAUUUGCUCCAAAUGUCUCUUUCCUCAUCUUUUCCUACGGCAUUGUUGUCGGUAUGGGCUGUGGACUGGCCUACGCUGCCACGUUGACCAUAACCUGCCAGUAUUUUGACAAGAGGCGUGGCCUAGCUUUGGGCAUCGUCACCACAGGUACGAGUGUGGGCGGCUUCAUUUAUGCCUCACUUCAGAAUGAACUCAUUGAAUUGUUUGGAUUGGAAGGCUGCCUGCUUAUCGUUGGAGCGCUGGCACUCAACCUGAUGGCAUGCGCUGGCCCAAUGCGAUCUUUGAACUUACCUGGUUAUUAUCUGAAACAAAGGGCUGCUCUACAGCAAACAGAGGAACCACUCUACACCAAACCUACUGCCGUUAUCAUUGAGUCGGAUGAUAAUCCGAUCAAAAGCACUCCCGGCUCGGCUGAUAACACAACAGCCAUAAAACUGUUGAUAACCAAGGAACCUAAAGAGCUGCAAGCCAGUGAAGAGGAAAGGAGGGGUAAGGUGUUGUCCUGUUCUAUAGUUGCACAAGCAAUUAAAAAGUGUAUGCGGCCUUAUGGAGAGUACCUGUGCAUGGCCUUAGAGCUCCUACAGGACCGCGUUUUCGUGGCUUUCUGCAUCACCUUGUUCCUGUUCAGCUUAGGGGCGUUUCCACCCGUGCUCUUCAUGGAAGACGUAGCACAGACCGAGGGCCUUAUUGAUGGUAUUGCACUUAUACCCCUUGUCUCCAUUGUUUCCAUAACAACGGGCAUCGGUAAGCUGGUACUGGGCGUUAUGGCAGACAUGCCAGGGGUGAACAGUUUGUUCCUGUAUGCCCUCACGGUGAUGGGCUCAGGUGUGUCUCUGCUGCUCAUCCCACGGACUAAGAGCUACAUUGGAUUGCAAGUGCUGUCGGCCUUUGUGGGAUUUUUCUCAGGGAACUGGUCUCUCACAUCCUACAUUACUACUAAAAUCGUGGGCAUGGAGCGACUCAGUCAGGCUCAUGGCAUUCUCAUGUGUUUUGGAGGGUUUGGAAUGAUGCUCGGACCACCUGUUGUAGGUUGGUUCUUUGACUGGACUCAGUCAUACGAGCUGGCGUUCUACUUCAGCGGGACUUGUGUUGUUGUGUCUGGUUUGUUUUUGUUUUUUGCCACCCUGCCUUGCUGGAACAAGAUGAGGGAGGAGAAAAAAUCACCUGCUAAUGAGAACGUCAACAAUUCACAACAACGUCACUCUUUUCAAUGUGACAGAGUGGCCUCUGUGGCUUGAACCGCAUUUCUUGAAAACUGACCUGGGCCUUAACAUUUUGAGGAACAUAGAUGCUUCAUCUUCUGGCUUCUUCUUAUAUUUCGUGGAUUUACAGUUUGCCAGGGAACUUUUUUCAGUUCCAAACUUUUAUACUUGUUCCACAAACCCUGUCAUUUUAUUGAGAGGGUAAACUAUAUACAUUUUUGUGUAGAUGCCUAUAAAGCCUGCCUCAUUUUUGAGGCUCAUGUGCAGUAGUUUUAGAAGGAAUUUUUUUUUCUAUUAGUAUAUUUCUAGAUUGUUUACUGACACUGAUGCUGUUUAGGCCUUGUUGACUUACUAUAUAUUAAGUAAGUGUGUUACUUUACUCUCUGAGAUCUCUGACGUGCAUGUACAUCGCCAGCUUGUGACAACGCACAAUGCCUUCCCUUUAUGAGAAAAGCGCGGACAAUCCUCUAUGCACUUGCCUUGAAAAAAUCCAGAUCCAAAGAUUUCCUUUUUUAUUUCUGGGAAUGGUGAGCACUUAAAGCAAGGAUGAAAUGCACUUGAAUGUUUUAUUAUAUCAGAGACUACACAUUACUUUCUUCCUUGCCAUCUUUUUCAUGCAACUCCAACUUUUUCUCAUUUGUCACGUCAAAAUGAAUAGAAAUCUUUUUUCUAUGUUCUUAGCCAAUUUUGUUUACUUGUUAAAUGCCUUUGAAACAUACAUAUUAGUUUCAUUUAUAUAUUUGAUAAACACUAGUUAAAACUAUGGCAACCCAGUCAGCAGCUUUUCAGUACGGAUCAGGCCCGGAGUCGUCUGCUGUAUGGAAAACCUUAUCAUGUUAGUCAUUUAAACACAGUAAUUAUUUGAUGCAAGAAUAUGAUGACGACUGCAAUAUAUUGUGUGUAUGUGUAUGAGUGUGCGUGCGUGCAUUAGAUAAUCCACAAUCCUUUAGUUUUUCAACAGGCAGGUCCCUGACAACACUAUAUCUUUUGGUACUGUAUAUUUGAAAUGUCAGUGUUAUUAUUUCAUGUUAGUAUAAACAUUUCAACAGAAUGUUGUGUACAUGCCUCUAACAUUUUAUAUUGAGUCUUUAUGAAGAUAUGACAUGCUGUAACAUAACUGUAUACAAUAUUGUCUCUCUAGAUGACAUUACUUUUUUAAUGUCUGUUUUGUAAAGUAUGGUUUGUUCAUUUUUAUGUGUUAAUAUAAAAAAUGAUUAUAUGA